UCUGGGUUAUUGAUGUGUGUCCUAUUGUUACAAACCCCUGCCUGCCUCAGUCACAUGGCUUUGUUAUGCUAAUGAGCCUCUAUAAAAUGAAGAGCGGCUCCUCCAGAGACAUCACAGUGUUAUCCUGAAGAAGCUCCUGCAGACAUGGCUCCCUGCUCCACCAACUACUCCUCUAUUCACCACAUCAGGAUCUCUGAGAGAGACAACAUCAAGUUAAGGAAACCUGUUGUGGAGAAAAUGCGCAGAGAUCGCAUCAACAGCUGCAUCGAGCAGCUCAAGAUCAUUCUGGAGAAGGAGUUCCACAAACAGGAGCCCAACUCCAAGCUGGAGAAAGCCGACAUCCUGGAGAUGACUGUGAGCUUCCUGAGGCAGCAGCUGCAGCCGGGCCAGGGCUACUCUCACUGCAGAAGGGACUCUGUGCACUUCAUCUCUGCAGGAUCCAACACAGAGCCCUCUGUCACUCCUCUGCAGAGCCUUCAGAAGCAGGAGAAGCAGCUCCAUCAGGCCCAGAGAGCCAGCAACUCCUCCCCAGUCUGCUCCAGCCUCGGGCCCACCAUGCUGCAGAACAGCAGCAGCAACAGCAGCAGAGGCCCCGUGUGGAGGCCUUGGUAGAGACUCUGACACACAGACUCUGAGACCUGAGGGGAGCUGCACUCUCCCUCACUAUGUAGGAAAUAUAUUUCCAGCCUGCUCAUUCAUGUUGUUACUGAGUGCUUUUAGUGUUUCAUCAUAUUGAUGAGAAAAUAUGUAAGAGAUUAUUUCCUCUUAAUCACACAGUUCACACUGGAGGUCAUUCAGCAUGCAUGUGCAACCCUGUACUGCAAAUGAUAUCACAGUAUCGUCAUGCCUCACAAUGAGGUUAUAAUUAGUGUUUUGUUCCUUUAUGUAACUGAAAAUGUAUUCAUUGUGUGAAGUUCAACUGGUGAUUUACUGAACAUGUUGUGACUUAUUUAAUAUUCCUUUAAUAAAGGAACAAAGUAUUUAAUGUUAAGAAACAGCAGCUAGUCAUUUGUGCAUGCUGUGUAUUUCAUUGUCAUGAAUU